AAGGUAAGCAAGCAUUGACAAUUGUUUCAAACAGGUGUGAAGUAAGAAAACAAGAAAUAUUGCCCUAUGAUUUCUAGGUAAUCAAAGGUUCAAUCGUAUAUACAUAUGUUCAUAUAUAUUAUAAAUAAACAUGUUCUGAGAAUUAUGUUUUCUGUAAUGAAAAUUUAUAAAUGGAAUAUUUAACAAAAAUGAAUUGUUUCUUAAUAUUGAAGUAAAUAAACAGUUUAUCAAUAAAUCAACAUAAAAUAUGGAUCUCAAAAAUUCUCAAAGAGAAUAUGAUAGUUCUUGCAAAUGCAAAGAAAAUGAACAAAAUCCACUUAUAUCACUUGCAAUUGCAGCAUCAAUGGUACCAAGCAAUCAACACGAUAAUUCUUUGCAUAUUAAGCAAGUAAGUGACAAAGAUAUUGUUCCUUCAAAAAAAGGUGCAAGAAUGAAGGCUUUCCAAGAAAUUUGUAAUGUUAUAGCCCCUGACAUAAAGCUAUUAAAAAACAAAGAGAAUUUUAGCUCAGAUGACCAAAAAAUUUUUCAAGAUUUAACAUGUUUAAGUAACAGCUUGAAUGUUGAAGCAGAAUCUCCUCAAGCAAAUUUAAUAAAUAUUAACGAGAAAGAAGAAAAUAACUCUACUCAGUUUACUGUGUACAAAAGUACAAUAGAGCCAAAAAAACAAAACAUUAACAUUGAAAACUCUCUUCAGAUGAACUUUACUACUCUUAAGCAAAACGAGGGAGAAAAUUAUGUACAACCAAAAACCUUACCAAUUGACAAAAACUUGUUGCGUUCAGAGAUGCUGAAAAUUUUACCAGAUUUAUUAAAAGAGCUAAAUACAAUAGGUAUUUCGUACAAAAAUGAAAAUUGUCAAACAAGCAUACCAAAUGAGCACAUGGCAGUAUCUUUAAUACAUCAUACACCUUUAAACAAUACUCAGCCAGAAAUUUCUGAUACUAAUCAUCAUGACAAACUGUUUAAUAUUAAUCAAGAAAGAUGUCAAUCAUUAAUCACUUUUAAAGAUGUCAAUCAAAAUAAUUCAUUUUGUCAAUCAAAGGAAAAUGGAUCUGAAGAAAUAAACAUCUCAUCAAGGAGUAUUUCAUUAGGUUUUAGCAAUCUUAUUGAGACUUCAAUCCAAUCUGCUUCUAACAUAAAAGAUCAGUUAAUAAACGCUCAAUUCAAUAAUCUUAUAAUCCCAAAAUAUGAAAAUGAAGUAAAUUUAUACCCAAAUUAUGUUACUUCGGCUUGCACUAAUAAAGUCAAUGUACCCUUGCUAACUGGUUCCCAGUUACAGACACCACCUUUUGGUAUCAACAGAAAUAUUCAAUGCCCAAUACAAGUGUCUAUUGCACAAUUAAAAACACCUCUGGUUAUUAGUCAGACAAGUGAACCAUCUUCUAUUGUAAGUACACACAGUGUAAAAUAUUCAACAGCUCCUGUCAAAAGUAAACUUAUAAAUCAAUUGCAACCCUGCAACAGUAACAAGCACACCCAUUCUUCAAUGUCAAAUAGUUUUGAAACUGAAGACUUUUCACAAAUAGAACCAGGUGUUAGGGUUUCCUCAUUUAGAACAUUCUCAAAUCUUACACCUAAAGAAAUAGUUGAUGAAAAGAUGAUUGAUGGAAAGUCUUAUUACCAAAUUCUCUGGACAGGUACAACGUGGGAUGAAAAAACCGAGUUACUAUCUAAUUCGAAAACUAAAUCAUUGUUGACACAAUAUCUUGAAACGAAAAAAGAUUUUGAAAGUUCAAGUAGAGAAAACAUGGGAAAAAAUCCUGCUUUCCUAACUUCCAUAGAAAAGUUACCUUCCAUAGAAAAGUUACCAGAUAAUCACACUAGUAUUAAAGCCCUAGAUGAGGUAGAAUCAAGUCUAAUUUUGAAUGAAAGUAAUAAAUGUUUCACAACGACAGAUUUAGAUAAAAGUAAUUCAUGCUCAGAAAGUUUUAAAAUGCCAUCAUUACCUGCAGAUUGUUCUGUAGAUAUUUUUUUCCAGGAACCCAUUUCUUCUAAAAAUGAAAAACUCCAUAGAGAGACUGUUACUGAUAUCAAUAUUGUUAAGUACAAAAAAAAUCUAUAUUCACAGAGAAAAAAAUCAACUAGCAUAAAUACAUUGGAAAAAGUACCUUCUCCUCAAUCAAGCUCACUUCUUACUCAGUCUUUUGAUAAUCCUCAAACUAUUCAAGUCACUCAGAUAAACCAAAAGGUUAGUAGUGUAACUCAGACAGUUAAUUCUAAUACAAUAACAUGCUCCCAAAGUUAUCUUAACUAUAUUCCGGUUCAAGCUGUUUUAUUAAACAAAUUAUGUAAAGAAAAUAGCUCACAUGCUGCUGGUUUAAAGGAUUUACACCAUGAAAGUAGCUUAGAGACAAACCAUGCAAAUAAGUUAACAACAAAUUUUGAAGAAAAACCAAGGUUAGACACCAAGACAAAAAUUCAGUGCCAACAUUGUUCCAUGUUUUACAACUCUCAACAAUAUGCAUUACAUAAUCUUUUAUCUUUGAAACGCUUGUGCCCAAUAUGUAAUCUUAGAUUAUGCAAUAAAAAGAAACUGAUGAAGCACAUAAUAAAUCAUGAAAAGACAAAUCACAUAUGUUCACAUUGUUUCAAAUUAUUUUCAAAAAAAAAAGAUUUUAUGUUUCAUGUCCAAAGUCACACAAACCAAGUAAAGAAAAGUAAAAAAAUAUGUAAAGGUUUUUUUUCUCUCCGAAGACAUACUCAAAAGUAUUCUGGUAAUACUGAAGUGCUGUACAAAUGUAUUAUUUGCCGAAAGCAAUUUUCAAGUGAAUUUUUUUUGAAAAAGCAUACCACUCUUCAUAAACUUAUUUUUAAUCACAAAAAAUCAUUGUCAUGUCCAGGAGAAAAUAAUAUAAAUAGUUGCAAUCAAAAUACUUUGGCAAAGAAAAGACGGUUUAAUGCCAUUUUAAUGUAUCAAUUUACUAAUAAAAGUAAGCUUAAAAAAUCAGUUUGCAUUAGUUGUAUUAUAGGUUUUAAAAAUCCAGAAUCAUUCUACAAACACAUCAACAGUAAUGAUUGUGUAAUGAUUAAAAACAGUGGUCAGUGUGUUUGUUGUAAACAGACCUUUAACUCACUAGAUAUGCUUAGAAACCAUAUGACCACAUGUUUUAAAGAUAGUCUUGUAUCAUUAUUAAAACCAUUUAAUAAAACAACUAACAAAAUAGAAAGCUCAACACAAAAUUCUAGACAUGCAGUAUAUCAUUGUUCUAAAUGCAAUAAAUUUUUGUUGUCUCCUCACAUUUCCUGUACUCAUAAUAAAGUUUUCCAUUUAAAAAGAGGACUUUUUUGUUCUCGUUGUCCCUUUAAAUGUUACAACCGUUGCUUGAUGAGUAAACAUGUCGAAAAGUGUGUUAAGUCUUUUAAAUGUUUUGUUUGUGAUGAAAGUAGCAUUCCUUCUCCUGAAUUUAGCUCUCAGUCUUUGCUUAUAAACCAUUUAAAGACGCAUAAAAAACAAGUAAAGUUACAAAAACCUCUGAAACCUGCUACAAUAAAUGAUUCUAUUGGACAAACUGUAAUGGUAUCAUUAAGUUCGAGCGAUAUCAAAAAAUUGUUGCCAGAAACUCUUGGUCUAUGUGAAAUACCUGGUUUUGGUAAAUACGUUUUAAAAAUAGUAGAAAGUGAGCUGGAGUUAGAGCUAAUUGCAAAGAGUGUUUUGGAUGUUGAUACUUCAACCAAUCAGCCAAAAAGUAGUUUGAAAUGUUUUAGUUGUUUAUCAGAGCAUCAGAGUCAUCUAAUUCUUGAACAUUUUAAAAGCAUUCACAAUUGGAUCACAAACUGUUUUUAUCCAUGUAAGAACUGUAACUUAGUUUUUCAAAAUGAGAUUGGUUUGAACAAUCAUAACAUUUAUCCUGGUAGAUGUAUCUUGGAUCAAAAUCAAAAUUUACUUAUGAAUCAAAAAGACAUUGAAAAUCAAACAAAGAAAAAUCUUAUUGAACAAUCUAAAAAUCCAGCAGUUAUUGUUUGUCUUCAUUGUGAUUUACCUUUUUUUACAGAGCAGCGCUUUCAUAAUCAUAAAUGUACAGAAACUAAUAGAGUUUCAAAAUUAGUUCAAAUUGACUGGGCUUGCUUAAUUUGUAAAAAGAAAAUUGAUCAAAGUAUUCAAGCCCACUGUGCAACACAUUCUGCAGCCAUUUUUGAAUGUUUUUUUUGUAAUUUGAAAGUUUUAAGUAAAUUUAAGUUAGUGAAACAUUUUAAAGAACAGCAUAAAAAAACUUGGGGAUCGAAAAUGGAACACUGGGUCAAUGAAAUUCAAAACGAUGCUGAUGAAGUAGUACUGGAUAAAAUUUAUCACAAAAAAUUACUUCCUUCUGAUAAACUUGAAUCAGAUUUUAAAUGUCAGAGCUGUUUGUUAGUAUUUUUUCAUGCAGAGACAUUAAAAAAUCACAUGUUGCAUGUAUGCAAAGACAAAUCAAUAAAUAAAUGGAAGGGGGUUUCCUUGAAUGACAGGAACUGCCCAGAAUGUCAUAAAUGUUUUAAUAAUGAAUCAAGCUUUCUUCAUCAUUGUUUGCAAUCUCAUGGUGUUGUAUUUAAGCUUAGAUGUUUUAUCUGUUCUAAACUUUGUAUGAAUACAAAAGAGAUCCUUAAACAUAUAUCUAAUGACCACAAUUUGACUGAUGUGUUGUGGGUAUCGGAUUAUUUUGAAAAAGCUGAAACUGUGGCUUAUUUUCGAGGGACCAAUUGUUGUACAUGUUGUUUAGGAAUUUUUAACGAUAACUUAUCUUUAUUGCAACAUAUGUUUAUUCAUAUAGAAAUAAAAACUGAAGUUUGUAAUGCUUGUGGCAAACAUUUUGUUACUUUAGAAGAGCUUAAAAUUCAUGUUUACACUUUUCAUAAAUGCUUUUUUUGUGAGUGUUGUCGUCGCAUGUUGCACUCUUUUGAUGAUCUUUAUUUUCACUCACAGCUCCAUGUUUUAGAACUGAAUAUUCCGAGAGACGAAAAUGGUAAAAUAAUUGUUGAGGUUCAGGAAGAUUCAAAGUCUGAUGAUUUUCAAAAACUUUUUCCAGAUGAAACCAUUGAGCAACCCUUGUUUAGCAUUGCACCUAAAGUGAAGAGAGAUAUUCUUGAAGAUGAUCGUUUGUUUAAUUGCUAUGUUUGUCGUAAAAAUGUUGAAGGAGAAUUGACAUUUAUUGUACACAUUAAAAUGCACCCUAUGCCAAGGGUGCUUUUUUGUUUAUUAUGUAAUGGAAAAUUUGAUAACAGUUCUGACUUAGAGACACAUUUAAAAAGCCAUUUUGAUAAAAAUAUGAACUUUUGUGAGGAUUUUAUUAAAGUCAAUAACUUUCUAGAAGAAGAUAAAGAUGAUUUUUUCAAGUGCAAAAUUUGUUAUGAAGUAUUUGGUACUGAAGAAGAAUUGGUAAAUCACACAUCAUCUAAAAAAUUUAAUGACAUAAAAAUGAAAUUAUUAAAAAAAGCAAUCAUUACCUCAUCGGUAACUAAACGUUAUUUUGAUGCAAAAAGUGAUAAUAGUAAAAAAGGGAAAGAAAAUUUUUUUCCUUAUAUUGACUGGCAGUUGGCUGAUUUAUACAAUUUAAAAAAAAUAUUUGAUUGGAAGUUUGCAAAGAUUGGUUCGCCGACUUGUAAAAAUCUCUCAAUAGAUUUUAAAAAGGCUAAAAACUGUGAAGAAAAUAAUAAUUUUUUAAACAAGUCUGUUACCAUUACUAGUAUAGAUUUGACAACUAACAGUAGUUCGUCAGACAUCAGAUCGUCGGACAUCAGAGCACACAAUAACGAUUUGGAGUCAGAAGAAGUUGAAGAUAUUACUAAUAAUAAGAUUAACAUUAAAAGAAAUAAAGCGUUAAACAAAAAUGCAAAUGACACAAAUUCUUCCAAUAACAAAACUUAUGAAAAUGUGUCAACUGAACAAUCAAACCAAAAUAGAGUUUCUCAAAAUGAUUCAUCUAUUAAAUAUAAUGGAAACGAAAAUGUAGCAAUGAACAGUCUUGGUGUUAACGUUCAAAAAAGUAAAGAACAGGUAGAAAACCUAACGAAAGAAAUUCAUAAACCAAUUAAAGAAUCAUGUAAAACAAAACGCUUUGCAAGGAAAGACUCCUAUAGAGACAUGUGUUCUAGUGUAUAUGUUAAAAAAAGCAGUAAAGUUGUUGGUAAUAAACAAGAGAAUGGGAAAAUUAGUAAUUCUACAAAACUUAAUAAAAAGCAGUUAUGCAGUGAUGGAGGGUCACAAGAUCAAUCAUUAGAAGAUAAAAGGGAAAGAAAUUUACGUGUUGUUUUAAUACUUGCUGAUGGCUCUAAUAAUGCUUGUAAAUUUUGCAGUUGGAAAUUUCCUUCCUUUGAAGAACUUAAAAGUCAUCUUCUGAAGCACAUAGAUCAUCCAAGUGGUAUUUUAAUUGAUUACCAAAGUCGUGAUGUUUGCUGCGCGCUCUGCUCUUCCCUUGUUCGAAAAACCUCUUUAAUGAUGCAUUUAAAGCUUAAACACUCUCGAGUCGUUGAUCAAUACGGUCAAUUUAAAUGUAAAACUGCAAAAGGUGACACAGAAAACAACAAAGUUACUCAAAUCAAUAAAGACCUUUUAAACUCUGGUAAAAAGGAUGCAGAGAUAAUUGAUACACUUCUUAAAAAUAAAUCAAAAAAUUUUUUUAAUCAACCUAUUGUUAUGCCCUAUCCUUACACAUGUGCUGUUUGCAACCGUGGUUACUUUCAGUUAAGUUCAUAUUUAUCGCAUUAUCGAACAUCUCACCCGUGGCUCUAUGAAAAUGAGCUGAAUAAAUAUCCAAAAGUAAAUAAAAAAACACAAAGUAAAACAGAAAAAUCUAUUUUAGAAAAUGUUGUCCAGAAUAUUAAAAUUAUUGAAACCGUUUCUAAGGACAAUUAUAUAGAAGAGUUACCAAAUUUCGACAUUCAAAGUGAUAAAUCAGCUACUUCAAACGAAUAUCAUUUAGAUAUUAAAUCAGCUACUUCAAACAAUCAUUUAGAUAUGAAAAGUGAUAAAUCAGCUACUUCAAAUGAUCAUUUAGAUAUAAAAAGUGAUAAAUCAGCUAGUUUAAGCAAUCAUUUAGAUAUGAAAAAUGAUAAAUCAGCUACUUCAAGCAAUCAAUUAGAUAUUAAAUCUAACACUUCAAUUUUAUCCAUUUCUAAUCAGAAAAGUAAUAAAAUUAGUUUUUGUAAAAUUGACAGCGAUAGCGAGAUAGAAGAAGUAACCGAUGAGGAGAUUGUUGAAAGUUCUUCAGAGGGUGAAAGUAAUAAUUUUAUAAGUUCAAAUAUUUUAUCAUCACAGAAUAAAGAAACUAAAUGUGCAUUAUGUCAAUUAAAUUUCUUAUCAGAGUUAGAGUUAAGUCAUCACUUGAAAACACAUAGCAACGUAGUUUGUCCCUAUCUGUGCUUGUUUUGUGGUUUUACAUCCAACGAAACCUUAACCCUUAAAGAUCAUUUAUUAAGCAAACAUAAAAAUCUGUAUACAAAGGAUUUGGAGUUGAGUUCUUCUUUUAUAAAUCGAGAUUUCAAAUCAGAAAAUCCAAAAACACUAGAACAGAUAACAUCUUCAAAGCUUGAUAUAAUUGAUAAUAACUCAUCUAUUGCAUCACAAAAUGAAGAAAAAAGGUCGAGUGGUAGAAAAAGAAGUAUUAACCCUAAUGUUGAAAACUUUUUAAAAAGUCGAAAAAAAAGAAAAGUAACACCCGAAAAAAGCAACAUAGCAGACCUAAUGAAAACUAUUCGUGAUGUAAAAUUACCAAUUUUAUCAAAUCGUUUACUUUCGUUACAUAAUGAUAAUGUGAACAAUGUUAAAACUGCUACGGAAUUUGUAAACUUGAAAACCGCACAUUGCAAUACCGAUGAACGGAAAGAAGCAAAAUAUCCUUGUAAAUGGUGUGGCGUUUUAUUAAGCUCGCAGCCUCAGCUAGAUCUUCACAAAAAAAAUCACCAUAAAGGUUUUUCAAAAAAAAAAGAAUAUUUUAAUAAACUAAGAUGCUGUGUUUGCAGCAGUUUAAUUCCGCGUUAUGAUUUAAAGUGGCAUAUGCAUGUUGCUCAUGAUGAAGAUUCAAGCAUAAAACUUGAAAACAAAAAAAAGUUCUGUAAAUUGUGCAAGUAUUCGACUAGACACAGUCUUGAUGAACACACUGCCAAAGAACAUCCACAUGCAUUGCGAGUCGAAUGCAAGUUAUGCGAUCAAAGAUUUCCUACGACAACCUUGUACGAAAAGCAUUUCCAAAAGAUUCACGGAAAUAGUAUUGAUGAAAAAGGUCUUAUUUGCUACUUAUGCAAUAAAACAUUUGAAACUUUAAUUAAUUUACACAACCAUUAUUCUGUUACUCAUAUGGAAAAAAAUUCAGAUCUGUGCUGUAAAACAUGUAAUAAAUUUUUCUACACUCAAUUAGAUUUAAUAAAACACCAAAGUGAAUACCACAACUGUGAUAAGUUUGAAUGCGGACUAUGUAUGUUAGAGUUUAACGAUGUCGAGUUAUGCGUAUCUCAUGUGAUCGUUCAUAAAAAGUUAACUGAAUUUAAGUGCUCCACCUGUAACUUUUACUUUGACUCUAGCGAUGUUCUUAAAAAGCACAUUCUUAACAGUCAUGAAAGUGUAUCUAUUGACCAUGAAAACAGUGGCAAGGUAAAAUGUGUUAACACCGAUAUAUUCAUGACCAAAAUGCAGGUAAAUACAGAAGACGCAGAAAAAUCGGAUGUUAUCGAACAAAUUAUAAAUAAAUGUGUUAAAUGCGACGAGACUUUCAUUAGAAAAGAAAUAUUCUUAGCUCACAUGAAAAAAUUUCAUCCUCUUUGACAAAUUAUAUUAUGUAAAUAUUUUUUAUUGUUUGUUUCUUGAUAUCGUAUAGAAAUCAUUGUGAUCAAUGA